UACAGUUCUAUUUUUAGAAGAAAUUACGUUUAGAAACACCUUUUGUACUGAUAAGCACCCAUGCUUUUUAGCGGAAAAAUUGGGUACCAAAUUCCCUCAAUUUGGCCACUAUUUGGCACUAUUUGUCCACUAUUCGCCGCUAUUCGCCACUAUUCGAGACUGUUCGCCACUAUUCGCACUUUCGCUAUUUGCGACUAUUCGCUACUCGGGUUUUUCAGACAACCCCUUUGGCAACCCUGCCUGUGAAUUCGUGUUGUCGGUAUUAAUUUUCACAACUUUGUAACUGUGUUGUCCCUAAAAGUUAAAUUAACACAUUGAAAAGGUAAUGGUUUUUUUCCCGAAAUUUACCGGCGAAAAAAGAGAACAAUCUAAAUGAUAAAAUUGGUUAGGUUUUUAUUAAAAUUAGCGAUGGUUACUUUCAACACUGGGUUACCAAACGCAGAAUCUCUUUUAUCGGUUUUUUGCAGUACAAACAUAUGUACACAAUAUAUACCGCAAGAAAAGGCUCUGCCUGAGGGUGAUAUUGCCUGAUGUAAUCAAUUGCCCACGCGGUUAGAUUGUUUUUUCCACGUACAAUCGGCCUUGUGGUUGCAACUUGACUUUUUCGCUCGCUAUUUGUAUAUAUAGUGGUUCUGCUCGGAAGGGCUGUCGUGAACAUUUAUUCACAUACUCUUUCAGCUUUGAAGUAAAUCACAUUCAGGCCUGAUUUCAAUGCAAUCCGUUGGCAUAACAACCUGUCUAGUAACUAAGAAGUAUCAUUAGCUUAUGUUUAAUCGUUUGGAAGAACAGCGAGAAUGGAAAAAUUUUAGAAGUAACUUUGAACAGUUCAUGAUUUGGUGACCAAUUUUUUUUUGUCCGAGUUUUUUGCCUAAUUUCUAACUUAAAAAGUUAUUUUAUGCAGUUGUUAUCGCUACUAUUGGCUGUCUAUUUUAAGAGGUCAUUAGCUAUACAGUUGUAUAUUCUAGGCCGUUUUUAUUGCAAUUUAAAUUAUUUGUAUGAUCGCGGGUCAGCGUUAUAAUUCCCUUAUUUAAUUGGACUAACAAAUCUCAGGUAAUUAUUAGCACAAAACUUUCAGAAAAUUCUAAUGAACUCAUCCAGAUCAAAAAUAUUGCCAGACUCUUUGUAUACACAAGUUGCAAAAGUUACAUCCGCUCAAACAAGACGUAGGUGGCAAUUCAUUUACAUUUUUUGACAGAUUGAUUUGAUCAGUGUUCGAUUUAUCAAGUCAGGCUAGUAGAUCUGCAUAUAGCACAUGAACAUAACCACCGACAGCCAAACGGUCGACGAAACAAUAGGUUGCCUCUUGUAAAAUCGCGCACACUUUUUCUCCACUUCAAAUCAAAAUGGCAGGCAUUCAUUUACCGGACAUUGGGAAAUUGGGAAUUCGCAUAGCAACAGGAAUUCGAGACAAGAAAAAAGUUGGUCCAAGUAACAUGGCCGAGAACGCUAGAUUUCAAGCGCUGUCAUCGCGACUUGACACCGAAAAACAUGAGCGAAGCAGAGUCUUGAAAAAAGAGGAGAGACGGAUGAAAAGGAAGAAGCAUAACAUAGACAAACGCAGGCAGGAUAUUCAAAAUAACAAAAAGCAAGAGAUACGUGACGGUGUUGACACUAAUGACAGAGAGAGAUUUCUUCCAAUGAUUUCUCAUCCUAAAACGGCGUCUGUGAAUGAUUACAAAGAUGACUCGUUCAGCGAAGAACGGGACGACUUUGAUCAACGUUCCGCAAACAGUCCAACUUUAGCUAUCUUUCCCAUUCAGGAUGAGCUCAGUCGGUUAUUAAACAGUGCUCGCGGAGAGAAUCGAGCAAGUGAAAAGCGAAAACUUAUCCUGCCGUCAAUCGAACCUGGCUUGGGAGAGAAAUAUAGAAAACCUGCUCCACUGAAGAAAAAGACGAGAAAAGAUAAAGUUACGAACACGAAUGACAUCACGUUGGAACGUAAUUUUGUGGAAACAGACGUCGCUAGGGGCUCACAAGUAUUUCUUAACCCAACAAAGGAAACAGCAAUUCUUAGCGUCAGCCAUGAUGCGUUUAACCCUACCAGGGAAAAACUGGAAGUCGAUACAAAAAUUUCGUCACAAGCGACAAAAAUGGAGCUAGGAAACGAGAACGAAACAUACGAACGAAUAAUAAAUGGCACAGAAACGAGUAUUGACGAAUCAGACCCUUCAGCAAACCCAUUUAAUUACUUGUUAUUGGAACAAGAAAGACGAAGAGCUCUCCAUCAAAAUUUAGAAGACGCCUUUCGCGCUAUACAAGCCUGUCGCUACAUCAGAACUCCGAGUCGCAGAGAAACGGCAGAUGAUAAAAUGAACUUAUCUGAUACAGAAUAAUUGUCUAUUUGCUAGAAAUAAAAGUCUUCUUGAUAGGAUCAACUAAGCCUUUGUCCAUAGCCUCUGAUAGUCUAGAUUUCACUUUUCACUUAAUCCAUCUUUCGAUGAAAAUUAAUUAAGGUUACAAUUUGAAUGCAAAGUCCAUUUAACUUUUGAGCCGCCAACUUUGCCCGCGAACAUUUUUCAAUUGGUGAAAAACUAAAUUUUCAACCACUUCGGAUGUAUUUUAAAGUUUUGUUAUCUGUUAUUUUUAGUACAUUCCUGCGUUUCAGAGCUAAUAGAAUUUUGCAUUUUUCUUUCCCAUUUGUUUAUUUUGUAAUGUUGACAAACUGUGGAUUUCAUUGUUAACACAAUUGUCUGAUGUAUAAGCACUUCACAAUAUGCAUACAUUGCACUGUUCAUUCAUUAGUUUUUUGAGCUGUUUUGAUUUCAUACCAAUUAACUUUUUCGGUUGUAUUUACUACAUGUUCUGCUCCUCAUUUUGCUGGAAAAGCAAGAGCUUUUGAUCU